AUGACUGGACGUGAAUCGAAUAGAAUUAAAGAUGCAGAUAAAAAGCGUGUUCUUGAUGAAGCUGCUAGAGAACGUCGUGCUAGAAAGGCUCUUGAAGCACUCGAGCAGGACAAUUUCCAUGAAGAUCCACAUGCCGAUUUGGUGAUGUCAAAGAAAUUGCCCAAAUUCCAAGAUAGUCUAAAGAGUCCUAAAGAAAAGAAACCCAAACGGAAAGCACUUGAAUCGAAAGCUAAAUAUAAAAAAUCUUUACAACAGUUAUUGGAGGAGGAGAAACAACUUAGACCAGAUGGACCUAAUUGGUUUACAGCACAGGCAAAACCAUCAAAAUAUCCACCACGACACUUUUGUGCAGUUUGUGGAGUUUUUUCUAAAUAUAGUUGUACAGCUUGUGGCACGAGGUAUUGUUCCAUUCGUUGUCUGCAUACUCAUCAGGAAACACGCUGUCUCAAAUGGACUGCAUAAAUUUAGCAUGUAAAGUUAUUUAAGUUGAAAUAAAUAUUUU